CAGCCUAUUAUAUGGGAAGCCAUCCUAUGAAUCAUAUCUAGGAUCUCUGAGAUUUCCCCGAUGUUGAGAAGAAGUCCUGUAUCUGGCUUAAGUUGAUCAUGAAGAUUAUACCUCCCCCCCCACCACGACGAUGUCACUUCUGCCCAUCAUUGUGGUUGAUGCUCUCUUUUUUGCGAUCCCUGCUCUCGAGGCGAGAUAUAGACGGUUUUCAUCGUUACUGCUUAUCGUGCCGAACGUGCUUUAACAACAACAAGAACAACAACCCCACGUUGCCACUCGCUAUCAUAGCCCUCGCUACGAGUUUCAUAGGAUCGCUUUUUGCAUCUUCAGUCCAAAGUGGAUUAUUCUCACCGGCCUGUCUAGCCCGAGCACUACUGGCCGUAUAUUUUCUCAACUUUUGCACUAGGAACCGCAGGGGUCAUGCUGACUUCUACGCACACGAACUGUGCCAGUCAGCGGCUACAAACUACGAAUCCAGACGAAUUUUCUGUACUGGAAGGUUCUGGACUAACUCCACAAUCCACCAAUGCAAGAGAUUCGUCUGCCUUGAAUAACUCAACAACUGCCACACAAUUCAUCGCUGCUGUGCCACGUCUUUAAAUCAUUAGUGUUGAUACUUUCGAUGACUCGCAGCUAAUUCCUGCCACAGUACUGGAAUGAGGCGAGACGCAGGGCUGCACCGAUGUGAAAGCAGAAACCCGACUCAUGAUCUCGCAUUUAAAGAUGAGCUACCACGCCGUGCAUACCAAUCAACUUUUUCAUCAUUCCUCCUUAUCGUGCGUGUUCAUCCCAUCCAUCCCGAGUGCUGGAUUU